GCCAACUUACAGGCAAGGUGAGUGUCGUGUUUAAAACCGCAUGGUAUUUAUUAAAUUAAUCAGUGCGAUAUCAAAAUAGAAGUGUAUAAACUGUAAAACAACACUAAUUAAGAUGCGUUCCGUCACAUUGAAGGAUGUUGAACAAGACAAGGUCGUCAAGACCGUUGCUGCUCACUUGAAAAAGAUUGGCAAGGUCAAGGUACCAGAACACAUGGACCUUGUGAAGACUGGCCGUUUCAAGGAAUUGGCGCCAUACGACCCAGACUGGUUCUAUGUACGAUGCGCUGCUGUGCUCCGCCAUAUCUAUAUUCGCUCCCCAGUGGGUGUCAAAACUGUCACUAAAAUAUUUGGUGGCCGCAAACGCAAUGGUGUCACACCCUCUCACUUUUGCAGAUCAUCAGGUAGUGUUGCCCGAAAAGCACUGCAGGCGCUCGAAGCGUUGAAGUUGGUAGAGAAAAUCGCAGACGGUGGUCGCAUCCUCACUGUACAAGGCAGGCGUGACCUCGACAGAAUUGCCGCACAAGUCCGUCUUAAGGCGAAACAGGCCGCCAAACAGAGUGUUAUUGUUCUGUAAUUUUAUGAUAAAUAAAAAAUAAAAAAUUA